UUCACAUCUGUUCCUCGACUUAUCUCCGCACGGUAUGGAUAAAGGGCGCCCCUUUCUGCUCCCCAAAUGGUAGCUAAUAGGCGUUCGAGCAGCCUCUUGGAGCUCCGUGUCACGACGCUGGCGAGCCGUGGAAGGGACCGAGGACGACGCUGGCUGGCUCCGAGCAAAGCCGGAGCGCACGGUCGUCGCGGGGUAGCUUGAGGGAGAUCGUGGAGGAGCCGAUGGAGUCGUCCGCGUCGCCGCACGGGGAGAUGAAGGAUGAGGACAGGGUGUACGUGGCGGUGGAGAAGGACGUGAGGGAGGGGAGGGCCAACUUCGUAUGGGUGCUGCAGAACACCGCUGAGGAGAGGAAGAUCACCGUCGUUCACGUUCACCGCACGGCUCAGAAGGUCCCUACUGCACUGGGUUGGUUCCCUGCAAACCAGCUAGAGGAGCAGGAGGUUACUGCAUACAGAAACAUUGAAAGAGAGAAGAUGCAUAAAUGUGUAGAUGAGUAUCUAAACAUGUGCGCAAGUGUAAAGGUUCAGAAGGCUGAGAAACUGGUGAUCGAGAGGGAUGAUGUCGGAAAAGGAUUGGUAGAGCUCAUAGCUUUACAUGGUAUCACCAAGCUUGUGAUGGGAGCAGCAGAAGACAGAUACUACUCAAGGAGAAUGAAGGCUCCAAAGUCGAAGACAGCUCUUGCCGUGCAAGAGCAUGCUGAUCCGUCAUGCAAGAUCUGGUAUAUCUGCAAAGGAAAUCUAAUCUGUACAAGGGAUGCUUCUCUUGAUGGGCCUAUUAUAACCCAAUCACCAACAGGAACCCCGAAUUCCAUCUCAAGCCAAUCUGAAAUGCAGAGAUCAAGGUUGUUGUUACAUGAAGCACAGGGGAAGCGAGUGAAUGUUUCAAGUCUUACACCUAUGAUGCAAGAUCUAUUUUCACAAAGGUCAAGAUCUACAAAUUUUACACCGUGCCCAGAGUUGACAAUGUCAGCUUCGCCCGCUGAAGGACUCGUCGAAUCGUCAAUAUCUGGGAGCAUAGAAGGCAGCGUUAUUGAUCCGUGGGAUGAUAUUUCAAGGGGUUCAGAGUUUGCUGAAGCAGCUGGAAGAAUGACUUCAUUGCCAGUGAAACCCCAGGAUGUGGAUAAAGAAGAUGGGUCGCUCGUUUUACCUUCAGGAGAAGAUCUGUUUCGGUUUCCGCAACAUGACUUGCAAGAUCGUGGCGUGGACGAGGUCAUGCAUAAAAGGUUGCAAGCUGCCCUUAGUGAAGCUAAAGACUCUAAGCGUGAAGCAUACGAAGAGCUUUUCAAACGGCAGAAAGCUGAAAAAAAUUUCAACAACUCUAUGCAGAAGGUCGGAGUAAUUGAGAUUUUGUACACCAGAGAGGUCAAACUAAGGAAAGAAAUUGAAGAGACCCUAGAAAAAGAAAAAGUGGAACUGCUAACACUGAAACAACAGCGAGAUGAAAUCCAUGAAGAGCUCCAGAAAGCACGUCAAAAGAUGGAAGAACUACAACCACAGAUUUCUGAUUCUGAGCAAACUCUCAAGGAUGCUAGAGGAAAAUUGUCUGAGGCAUAUAAUCACCUCGAUUCGAUCCGACAAGUGCAUGAGGUUAUCUGUCAGGAGCGAGACGAUGCGGUUAGAGAAAAUGAAAAGCUGCAUCAGAAGAAAGGAGAUGCAACAAUCUGCACUCAUAGAGCAGAAACCUUCUCAGAGUUUUCCCUUUUGGAGUUGGUGCAAGCGACCGAGAACUUUCAUGAAUCAUCGAAGAUCGGUGAAGGUGGAUACGGAUGCGUCUAUAAAGGUUUCCUUCGCCACACGACAGUAGCAAUAAAGAGGUUGGAUCCUCGAGGCAUGCAAGGAAAGACGGAAUUUCAACGGGAGAUGGAUACUUUGAGUAAUAUAAGACAUCCGAACCUUGUCACUCUCAUAGGAGCAUGCCCAGAAGCAUUGGCUCUCGUUUAUGAGUUUCUUCCUAAUGGAAACUUGGAAGACCGACUUACUUGCAUGGACAAUACUCCGUCACUCACCUGGCAAACCCGCAUUCGCAUUGCUGUGGAGAUAUGCUCUGCUCUCGUCUUCCUCCACUCCUGUAAACCUCCCAAUAUAGUCCAUGGUGAUCUUAAGCCUGCAAAUAUACUUCUUGAUGAGAACUUUGUGAGCAAGCUUGGUGACUUUGGCAUCUGGCGUUUGCUCAUCCAGUCAAUUAACAGCACCAUCCUCUACCAUUGCACACGACAGCCCAAGGGGACAUUUGCUUAUAUGGACCCUGAAUUGCUGACAUCCAGAGAAAUCACAGCAAAGUCCGAUGUCUACUCCUUUGGAGUCAUACUACUACGACUUCUGACGGGAAGGCCUGCACUUGGAAUCAGCAGAGUAGUACAGGAGGCAUUGGAUAUGAAAUGUUUGGAUAAGAUAUUUGAUGCUUCGGCGGGAGAUUGGCCUUACGUGCAGGCCGAGAAGUUGGCAAAACUGGGUCUAAAGUGCUGUGAGAUGAAUACGAGGAACCGUCCAGAUGCAAAAGAAGCAUGGAGGAUACUCGAGCCCUUGAUGAAGUCUGUCUCAUUUGUCAGGUUAUCAACUUCAUCAAUUAGAUUAGUCCCAGAAGACAGCAGCAGCAGCAUUCCAUCUUACUUCAUCUGUCCAAUAUUUAAGGAGAUUAUGAGGGAUCCACAAAUUGCAGCAGAUGGCUUCACAUAUGAAGCCGAGGCUAUUGAAGGAUGGCUUCGUGGUGGCGGAGACACAUCACCGAUGACGAACCUCAGGCUUUCUCAUCACGAGCUAAUCCCCAAUUACGGCCUUCGUUCUGCAAUUCAAGCAUGGCUUCAACAGCAAAACUGAUACAGUUCCAGGAAAAAGAAGAAAAACUGAAGGCAUCGAUUAGCUCUUUUAACCGCAUAAUUUCUCUGGCAUCAUUAAAGUUGAAGAAAAAUGUUCAUUGCUGGUACAUAAAAUGAGUUGUGAUGUUUGUACAUUUGUACCUUUCCAAACGUUGGCGUUUGAACUGAAGCAAAGAUAGCAACAAUAAUAAGCCUUUUUGUUUCUAAUUUGUU